AUGGCCUCCGACUCCGAUCGCCUUCGUGCCCUCAAGGCUUUCGACAACACCAAGGCCGGCGUCAAGGGCCUCGUUGACACGGGCAUCACCACCAUCCCCUCCAUCUUCCACCACCCCCUCCCCCUCCACCGUUUGCAUGCAGAUCAAGAGCACCACUUCACCAUCCCGGUCAUCGACCUCGCGGCUGCCAUGGGUGCUACUACUACUACUACUGCACCAUCCGAGCGAGCUGAGCUGGUCGCCACGGUGAAGGCGGCCGUGGAGACGGUGGGCUUCUUCCAGGUGGUGAACCAUGGUGUGCCCAAGGCGGUCAUGUCAGAGAUGCUUGCGGCGUUGCAGGGCUUUCAUGAGGAGACGGUGGAGGCCAAGGCGCCCUACUACAGCCGGGACUCUCGCCGGCGCGUGAGGUACCAGAGCAACUUCAACCUGUUCCGGUCACCGGCGGCCACCUGGCAUGACACCCUUUUCAUGGAGACGGCGCCGGAGCCGACGCCGCCCGAGGAGAUCCCUCCCGCGUGCAGGACCAUCGUGCCUGAGUACACAAGGCUGGUGCAGCAGCUGGGCCGCACCCUGCUCGAGCUGCUGUCGGAGGCACUGGGCCUUCACCGUGGGCACCUGGAGGAGGAUGCUGCGUGCCUGGAGGGGCUCGCUGGCCACUACUACCCGUCCUGCCCAGAGCCGCACCUGACGUUGGGCACCACCGCCCACUCCGACCCCUGCUUCCUCACUGUGGUCCUCCAGAACGCUGUGGGCGGCCUCCAGGUGCUUGUCGACGGACUACAGGAAGACGACAAGAAGAAGUCGGAUGCUGUGUGGGUGGAUGUGCCAGUGGUGGCGGGCGCGCUGGUGGUGAACGUCGGCGACUUCCUGCAGCUUGUCUCCAACGGCAAGUUCAAGAGCGUGGAGCACCGCGUGGUGGCCAAGAGCGUCGGGCCUCGCGUCUCCGUGGCCUGCUUCUUCCGGCCGCAGGGCGCAGCCACAUCAACGAGAGUGCUACAGCCAAUUGUCACCAACGGUGAGGCGCGGUACAGGAGCACCACCAUGGCGGAACUGGUCCGGCGCUACAGGGCCAAGGGCCUCUACGGCAGCUCUCUGCUCCAGCACCUGAGUCUCUGAAUCCAUCCGAUCAAAACUACAAGCUAGUUGCUCGCUCGGCACCCCAAUCAUAUCCAUCCUAGUAAUGCAAGAUGCUUGGAUUGUGUUUGUGGUUCGAAUUCAAUAUAUAUGUAUCCAAGCAAUGCAAGAUGCAAUUAAUCUUUUCUGCUUUCCAAA